AUGGGAGCUGGAGAAUCGCCAAGCCAAGGGGGGACUUCUGAAGGGCUGACUUUUGAACCCUUGUCCGAGCGUCCCAACUUUCCCCAGUUGGAAGAAGAAACCCUGAGGGUUUGGAGAGAAGAAAAAACUUUUGAAAAGUCUUUAAAACUUUCCAAAGAUAAACCCCCGUUUUCUUUUUAUGAUGGCCCCCCCUUUGCCACUGGACUGCCCCACUACGGGCACAUUCUCGCGGGCACCAUCAAGGUAGGGUUUAGGGUUUAG